CUCAAGUCCUUGCUGCAGCGCUACUUGCGUCUGGUGCCCAUGCAGAUUGUGCUCAUGCUGCUGGUGACUGUUGCCAUUAGCUACUAUCGUGAGGUGUCUCUGCUGCACGUCCAUGUGCCACUGGAUGACUACUGUGCCCAGGACUGGUGGCAGAACAUGAUGCUCAUCCAGAAUAUGUUCAGCACCCAUUACAUGUGCGCCAAUUGGACCUGGUCGCUGGCCUGCGAGAUGCAAUUCCAUGUGCUCGCCAUGCUCCUGCUCCAUUUGUAUGUGCAUCGUCCGAGGCUGGUGCGUCGUCUCGUUGUCGGCAUACUGGUGGCCAAUCUGGUGUAUUCGCUUGCCUUGGUCGUCACGAUGGACAUUCAAAUGCGCUUCGAACUUCUCUCUCCGCAGAUGAACGAUCAUUUCUACUUUAAUUCGUUUGUGCGUUUGCAGACAUAUGCCGUCGGCGCCGUCUAUGCCCAUGCCCACGUCAAUGGGAUUCGUGAUGGAAAGACACCUCUUGACUUGGUCCUUCCGGGGCGUCUAGUGAAAUCCUUGGCUGCCGCAGUCGUGUUGUGGGUGAUUUGGCAAUUGCAACUGGAGGCGAAUGAUCAGAAUAAGCAGCUCAUUACUGCCGGCGUCAUAAUGAUACGUCUCAUCAUUUCGCUGAUUACGUUACAUUUGAUUUUGGCCAACUUUAGCACUGAACGUUGUUCAUUCGUCAUUCGGUGGGGAACGCAAUUGCUGCAAGCAAAUUGUUUUCAGUUCUUUGGAAAAUUGACGUUUACGUUUUACCUGAUUCAUCCGUUGCUUAUUAUGUGUUUUAAUUAUGGUUUUAGCUAUUUACUGCCUUCGGAUUUUAGUCUUUGGUCCAUCAUUACGAUUGCGUACACAGUUAUUGGCUUUGCAGUGUCCACCGUGUUGACGCUGUUCCUUGAAAUGCCGUUCAAUAGACUUACCAAUUUGUUGAUGUCUUCACUUGCCACACAACAAGCUCCAGCGUCCAAGAAAAAAGACAAAUAAAUACUCGAUUAAUAUA